AAUCUUUAUUUUACUCUUUUUUUUUAACUUUCUAACCUAUAUUAGUAAUGCAGCAGUGCAUGAUUGGCUUUUUAUAUAUAAAACUUUAGAAACUGCAAAACUCAGUAAAGUAUUGGAAACAAUCCAAGGCCUUCUUUGAGUUUGAUAUGAAUUCAAGAGACUGGAAAUGUACAAAAAAGAACCACGUACUUGUGGUUCUUGCUCUGUUUUUCUUUCAACACUACUUUCAUGUGUCAUUUAAGCUUGUUGAGGCCAAAAGUAAUGUCUAUAUUGUGUACUUGGGAGGGAAGAAGCAUGGUGAAGCAGAAGCUAACAAAAAGCUCCACCAUAAAUUGCUAUUCAACUUGCUGGGAAGCAAAGAAGUUGCAAAAAGAUCUAUUGUAUACAGCUACAGACAUGGUUUUUCUGGGUUUGCUGCAAGAUUGACAGAAACUGAGGCCGAAUCUAUGGCAGAAUUUCCUCAAGUUGUCCAGGUGAUCCCUAACCGCAUUCACAAGCUACAUACCACAAGAAGUUGGGAAUUCAUCGGUAUCCGACACAAUUCUCAGAAAAAUGACUUGACUGAGAAUAUGGGGAAAGGAACCAUCAUUGGUGUCAUUGAUUCUGGUGUUUGGCCAGAGUCUGAAAGUUUUAAUGACAAAGGCAUGCCCCCAAUCCCAUCACACUGGAGAGGAAUCUGCCAACAAGGAGAUGAGUUUAACAAUACAAACUGCAAUAGGAAAAUCAUUGGUGCUCGUUGGUUCAUAAAAGGAUUAGUGGCAGAAACUAAAAAGCCUAUAAACAGAACCAAUACUGGGGAGUAUUUAUCCCCAAGAGAUGGAAAUGGCCAUGGCACUCACACAGCUUCAACAGCAGCUGGCUAUUUUGUGGAACAGGCCAGCCAUAAAGGACUAGCUGCAGGGUUGGCCAGAGGAGGAGCACCUCUUGCUCACUUAGCAAUUUAUAAGGCUUGCUGGGGUGAAGGAGGCUGCACAAACGCUGAUCUUCUGAAAGCAUUCGAUAAAGCUAUACAUGAUGGAGUGGACGUACUAUCUGUUUCUGUUGGCAUUGAGGUUCCUUUGUACUCCUAUGUUGAUCUGCGUGACACAAUUGCAAUUGGGUCCUUCCAUGCGGCUGCAAAGGGGAUUACGGUUGUUUCUUCUGCAGGAAAUAGUGGUCCCACUUCACAAACCAUUUCAAACACUGCACCAUGGCUCAUCACUGUUGCAGCCACCACAAUAGACAGGGCCUUUCCAACAGUCAUUACACUAGGAAAUAACCAAACUCUCUGGGGCCAAUCUAUUGACACUGGAAGACAUAACCAUGGUUUUGCUGGCAUUACAUACUCCGAGCGCAUAGCUGUUGACUCCACCGAUUCUUCAGCCAAGGAUUGCGAGCUUGGAAGUCUAAAUGCAACAUUAGCAGCAGGAAAAAUAGUACUAUGCUUUUCAGACUUAUAUGAUCAGCAGGAUAUAGCUUCAGCAGCAACUGCUGUCCAGGAAGCAGGAGGAGUUGGAGUCAUUUUUGCCCAGUCUCACAAUGAUGGACUUCAAUCAUGUGAUAUCCCAUGUGUUAAAGUGGAUUACGAAGUAGGGACACAAAUAAUUUCCUACAUAAGAAGAGCAAGGUCUCCAAUAGCAAAGCUGAGUUCUCCAAACACUGUGAUAGGCAAAUGGACGUCCCCACGAGUUGCCACUUUCUCAUCCAGAGGGCCAAGUUCCCUGACCCCAGCUGUUCUAAAGCCCGACGUAGCUGCCCCCGGCGUGGACAUAUUAGCUGCCUUCCCACCAUUUAACUCCAAAUCCGGAAAUGGUUACUAUACACUGCUAUCAGGAACUUCAAUGGCAUGUCCCCACGUAGCUGGGAUUGCUGCACUGAUCAAAUCCCUUCAUCAGCAUUGGUCCCCUGCAGCCAUAAGAUCAGCCCUCGUCACCACUGCUUCCCAAACUGGAACAGACGGAACAGACAUAUCUGCCGAAGGCCCAAAUCGCAAAGCCGCUGACCCAUUUGACAUCGGCGGUGGCCAGGUGAAUCCCAUUAGAGCUAUGGACCCCGGACUCAUAUUCGACACCUCUACAGAGGACUACGUCGAAUACCUCUGCUCCUUGGGCUACCGAACCUCAUCGAUCACUCGUUUAACAGAGUCCGAUAUCACUUGCGGUCGAAAACGACAAGCCGGGUCGAACCUAAACCUAAACCUCCCUUCCAUUACGAUUCCGAACCUGAAAACGACAACGUCAGUGACAGUAACAAGGACGGUGACGAAUGUGGGUGAAUUCGACUCGGUGUACGAGGCAGUUGUGGAAGCUCCAAGUGGCGUGGAAAUGAGAGUUGAACCUCAGGUGUUGAGGUUCGAUACGACAACAAGAAGAUUGUCGUUUGAGGUGACCUUCUUCUCGGCCCAAAGGGUGCAUGGAGAUUAUAAGUUUGGGAGCCUUACAUGGUUUGAUGGAAAGCAUCGGGUGAGGAGUCCUGUGGCCGUGCGUGUCAUCACAUAUGAAUCGUAUGCUGAUGCAUGAUAAUACAAGUAGUAUUUAAUAUUGCGUCUCAAUAUUUUGUUACCGUUUUAAGUUUUAUAGUACAAUAUUAAAUUGGAUUAAUGAUAGUAUAAAUUAUAGUUCUUUUAUGAUGUAAAAUUAUAAAUUUUUUUAAUGGAAAUGGAAUAAUUUGAAAUACAAUUA